AUGAACUCUGUCAGGGCGGCCAGGCGGCCCUCCACGCGCUCCUACGCAGACGAUGACGACCUCUCGCUGCUGGCCGACGAGUCGUUCCACCAGUACGGCUCGAUCAACGAGGAACACUACAUACAGGGCCGAAGGGCGUCGAUGAAGUCGUCCAUGUCGCAACUCAACCCACUCAACCUCAUUCCCACCAAGACGACCGACGCAGGCAUCAUCCUGGAGGUCGAGACGUCUACUUUCCAGGAGCUUGGCCUGCUGGCAGUGAGUGCGAUCCCGCUGGUGAUCACGUUCUUGCUCCAGUUCUCUCUCACUGUUGCGUCCGUUUUCAGCGUGGGCAACCUCGGCUCGCAGGAAUUGGCUGCCGUGUCGCUGUCGAACCUGCUCUGCAAUGUCUCUGCAUACGCCAUCAUCCAGGGAAUCGCGUCGUCGCUGUCGACGCUGUGUCCGCAGGCGUACGGCAGAAAAGACUACAGGGCCGUGGGCAUGCAUAGCCUGCGGUGUCUGGUACUACUGUUGCUGCUGUACGUGCCGAUGUACGCGUUUUUGCAUUGGGGAUCGCGGCCUCUGCUGCUCAAAAUCAUCCAGGACGAGCGGCUGAGCGACCUCGCCUCAUCAUACCUGAAACGGCUGCUGUACGGCGUGCCUGGCUAUAUUGUCUUCGAGGUGCUGAAACAGUAUCUCCAGGCGCAGGGCAUUUUCCAUGCGUCGACGCUUGUGCUUGUGCUGUGCGCGCCGCUCAACAUCUUUCUCAACUACCAGCUGGUUUGGAAUGAGACGUACGGUAUUGGGUUUCUGGGGGCCCCCACGGCCGUCGUGAUCACCAACUGGUGCAUGGCAUCGAUGCUUUUCUGCUACGCGGUGUUUGUCAACGGCUACCAGUGCUGGUGCGGCUUCUCGCGCGACGUGUUCCGCAACUGGAGCCGUACCUUGCAACUCGCAGGCCCCGGCGUGAUCAUGAUCGAGGCCGAGUGGCUCGCGUUCGAGAUCAUCACCUUUGCAUCGUCCAAGUUCGGCACUGCCGCUCUAGCGUCGCAGUCCAUCAUGACCACCACCGGCUCGACCAUUUACCAGAUCCCGCUCGCGAUAUCUGUGGCCGCAUCGACCAGAGUGGCCUGGUUCAUCGGGUCGGCGUCCAAGGACGCCGCCGUCAAGUCUGCGCACGCGGCCACGUGGAUGUCGGUGCUUUUUGGCGCGAUCAACGCCGUCGUGCUCGUGCGUUUCCGCAAAGAAGUGGUCUCGUGCUUCUCGAGCGACCCCGAGGUCGUCGAGCUUGCCAGCAAGGUCCUGAUCAUCGGUGCCGCGUACCAGGUGAAUGACGCCAUUGCCUGUGUCAGCGGCGGCGUCCUGCGUGGCCAGGGCCGCCAGUACAUCAGUGGCUGGCUCAACCUCGUCAGCUACUAUGUUUUUGCGCUGCCGAUCGCGUUUGCUUGCGGAUUCCACCUGCACAUGGGACUCAUUGGCCUCUGGAUCGGCAUGAUGUGCGCGUUAUGCUUUGUGUCGCUUGCAGAGUGCUACUACGUGCUCACCACCGACUGGGACACUCUCAUCAAGAGGUCCAUCGAGGAGGGCAUGAAAGAGCAGGCCAGCUUCCAGGAGGCGCUGCUCGAUCAGGCUAGUUUCCAGGAGGUCAUUAUCCCCGGCAGCGCGAGCCUGCGGCCUGUGCGGAGCCACUCGCUACUCCCGAUUCCUGUGUAA